UAAGGUAAAUAAAAGAAUUUGUCAGGGCAUCGAGAGAGAUGAUUGGCUGUCUUGGCCUAACAUUGUCGGUGCUGCUGUGAUCCAAUCUCCAAUCUCCAAUCUCCAAUCUCCAAUCUUCACUUAAUAAAGCUUCUUCCUUUAUCAUUUUUAUUUUCAUUCUUUUCCCAUAAAUUAUUAUUAUUGAAUUGAAUUUCCUCUUAUUUUUAUUUAUUAAAUUUUGGGUUUUUAUCAUUUUUUUUUUUUGGUUUUUUUGGACGUUUAUGGCUGAAACUGACCCACCCUAGUUCACAGACACUAAGAAAAGGGCUUGUAAUCAGCUAAAGUUUAGAUUUUGAUUUAAUUUCGGGAGUUUGAGCGAAGAAGAUGAAGUUGAACUGGAAGCUAUGGCUUCCACAGAAGCACAGGCAAUUGCUUGUUAAGUUUGCUGUGGCUGUUCUCUUAAUGGGUCUUGCUUUACGUCUUCUUCUCGUUCGUUCUACCGACAUUUCUCCUGAACUUGAAACCCCUUUACCUGAAACCCCUCGUCUUCCUCAGAAAAUUGUUGCUGUUGAAGAACCACCUCCUUUUGUUGAAGUUGAAGCUCAAGAAAAUGAGGAACAGGUUUCUCAAACAGACCUUCCUGAAAUAGAUGGAGGAAAGUGUGAUCUUUUCAAUGGGGAAUGGAUUCCAAACCCAUCUGGUCCUAUUUACACAAAUAAGACUUGCUCUUUUAUUGAAUCCCAUCAGAAUUGCAUUAGAAAUGGUAGACCUGAUUCAGAGUAUUUGUUCUGGAGGUGGAAACCUCGGCGUUGUGAGUUACCCAAGUUUGAUGCUGAAAGAUUUCUUGAGAUGAUGAGGAACAAAGCAUGGGCAUUGAUAGGUGAUUCGAUUUCUCGGAACCAUGUGCAGUCAUUGCUCUGCAUGCUAUCAACGGUGGAAAAACCAGUUGAAGUCUUUCAUGACAAAGAAUACAAGUCCAGACGAUGGAACUUUCCGACAUACAAUUUGACUAUCUCUGUAAUUUGGUCUCCUUUUCUCGUUAAAGCUACUAUAUAUGAAGACUACAACGGCGUUUCAACAUCUGAAGUUAAGCUGCAUGUUGACAAACUCGAUAAGAAGUGGACAAGUCUUUACGAGAGCUUAGACUACAUGAUCAUUUCAACCGGGAAAUGGUUUCUCAAAUCUUCAAUCUACUACGAAAACAACGAAGUUGUUGGAUGCCAUUACUGUCAAAAUAAAUUCGAGGAGGUGGGGUUUGAUUAUGCUUACCGAAAAGCACUGAGAGAAGCUAUGAACUUUGUAGCAGCAUCUAAUCACAAAGGCAUGAUCCUAUUCAGAACUUCUACACCAGAUCAUUUCGAGAAUGGGGAGUGGUCAAGUGGCGGGACUUGCAAGAGAAAACUCCCGGCUAAAGCAGGUGACUUUCGACUCAAGGAUCUACACAGGAUUCUGCGUAAAAUUGAGCUAGAAGAAUUUAGGGACGCCACAGCUAAUGCUACCACUAAUGGGGUCAAGAUGAAACUCCUCGAUGUUAACCCGCUUUCACUGUUGAGACCAGAUGGGCAUCCGGGGCCUUACAGAGAAUAUCAUCCAUUCGAACGCCAUAAAGAUGGGAAUGUACAAAAUGAUUGCCUGCAUUGGUGCUUACCGGGGGCGAUUGAUUCAUGGAAUGAUUUGAUAAUGGAAAUGGUGGUAAAUAGUUAAGAAAUUGGCCAGUUUGAAAUGUGAUAAUGAUAUGGUAUUCUUGUAAAAAGGGUUGCUCUUGCCAAGUUUUGACAUUGGAAAAUUCAUACUUUUAUGGUGAGAAGUGCAACUGUACUAGGUAUCAAAAUUGGCCUGUCCUUGACUUCAUUUCAUUAUGUUAUGAUGGUAUAGAGAAUAGAAAGGUUAUGAAUGAAGGUCAAAAAGAGUAACAUUAUGAAAAAUUGAAACCUCAACCAUAUUUAUUUGUUGUAGAUUUUGAUUCUCAUACUUUGAUGAAAAUGAUUGUCCACCUGUAUUUUCUUAGUUAUUUUGAAUUAGGUCAUGUUACUUGUCACCUACCUAAUUCAAAAGAUAUUUAGUC